CUGGUACCAGGACUCAUCCUUGUUGCUUUUGCAGCCGUCAUGAACUCAUUAUUCAAGCCACCAUUGACCUUCUUCCUCCCUCUCCUCCUCCUGGUGUCACGGGCCAAACUUUCCCCAUCGCAGCGGCUACCGGGCAACACCCCUGGUGAUUCUGGGCGGCACCCGGAGCUCUUCUACGAGAACGGCCUCUUGCCCGACGGCAGGGAGAUGACAGCCUAUGCAGCACAGGGAACCACCAAAAAAUUUUUCUUCACGGUUGAUGAAGACAACACCCCAGUACGAAUAGUGGUGACUCCUUGUUCGGCCAGGAUUGAAUGGAAUUUAUCAAUGCUAGAGCUCCCAGAGGACGGCAGUGGUUCCAGUGCUGCUGACCAGUUAAGCGAACAGCGCCCUCGACGGCAGCCUACAACUACCCCUGGGACGAUCCUGAAAAGCUAUUCAGGUUACGACGCGGGAAAAUAUAUGACCAACACAUCUCCAGCGUGCACCUAUGUCUUAGAGGUGCGGAGUGUUGAACGAGGGACGUCCUUUCAGAUUUACGCGACGUCGACACCCGAUUCAGAUCAUUUCUUUCCAGAGCUCCCGAGUGAUCCGCAAGUCGAUGUGACGUCAUUCAAUAAGAACCGGGUGUCGUUGGCGUGGAAGCCGAGUCCUUCCGACGUGGUUUACCAUCAACCGGUUCGAUACUGCCUGGCGAUUAACACCAGACGAAACUACCACACAUGGUGUGGUGUCCAGGCUAGUGUUCCAGGUGGCGGUUCCAAUCCGUUCCCGUCAUCGCAAACGAGAUUUGGCUUCGAUUCGGAAAGAGAAAUGCGUCGGGCUAGGAAGCGGAUUCAGGAAGAACAAGCGAUUCUUAGCAGAUCUGAUGAAGCGCCCGAUAUGGUGAUUGAAUGCGUCGGCUCAAAGACCCUGCAUACGAUUACCAACUUAGAUCCAGGUACGAGAUACUUUUUUGAUCUCUUUGCCGUGGAUCAAGUUACUAAUCGAAGCGUAGCCUUCAUCGGAACGUCGAUCUAUACCCGCGCCGAACCUCCCGAUCGGAGGAUCAUAAGAUUAAAAGAUGGUGGGCUAAGAACGAUCAGGGCAGAACGCUCGAGUUCAAUCAAGCAGUUCAGAUUCCCAGUAAGCGGCAAGUCGCGUGACCAGGAUGUCAAUGUCACUAUUCAGUCAUGUUCGCAAACAAUUGCGGUAGAGAUCUGGAGAGAAGGGGUGAAGAUUCGAGAUGCUCCAGUGAAAUCCCUUAAGCAUUUCAGCAUACGUAAUGUGGAAGAUGAACUUCUGAUAAAAGUCAAGACCAGGAGGCGGACACCGACAGAUUAUAAAAUAUUUGCGACAACAAAUCCAUCAAAGUACCCUUUUCCGCAGCUCCCAAAAGACAGCACGAUAAGAGUUUUCAAAAACUUAAGACAGUGUACGUCAGUGACGCUGGCGUGGUUAAGCACAAAAGAGGUUUCACAAUAUUGUUUGUAUAUGCGGGAGGAAGAUCCGAAAAGUAGAGGCCUUAUCAGGCAAGAUAGCCGUUGUCAUGGACCGAAGAAUCGGAAAAAGAGCGAGAAAGUGUUAUGUCGCUCGGUCAAUGGUGCAGAAGCAGAAAGAGACGCUUUGACAGAAGUGGUUACAGGCCUGAAGGCAGGCACUAAAUACAUUUUUGACGUGUAUGUCAGUGGGGUCGGCAAGGAGACUCUUGCAUACAAGAGCAAAACUGUGAAGACAAAACGGACUUGUGACGUUUGAAGGAGAAGAUUUCUCUCGAAAUGGUAAACACAACACUUGUUGCAAGAGGCUGAAAGACGAACAUAAUGGAUCAAACGUGUGCUAAAAAUCCGCAGGGAACGACAAACUCUGGUCGAAGCUGUUAUGUAUCGCCCUUUACAGCCUUCAUAGGUUGUUGACGCGAUGGUGAGGACAGGACCAAGUGCUACUGCAAAGGCCAAGGUGGAUUAACACUUAUGAGACUCUGUCGAGGCGCCCUCUACGUGGUAUUGGAGAAACCAUAGAGGUCGCUCCAGUGAAAAGUGGCAUGUCGAACACCGUAACCUAUAUCAUAUUUUAUCCACUGUAAAUUGAGCCACUCACUUAUUUAAAGGUUUACAGGUGUCGUACAAGGUGGAGUAACAUCUCGUCACCGAUCGCCACAUCAAAGCAUGUAAGAUAUCGGUAUCGGAAGAGUGGAGGAUAUCGGAAUCUUUAAUUGUAUGGACGAUGAAAACUGUCAAUAUCGAUAUUAUCACAUAUGUGUCGUCUGAAUUAAUCCGAUGACGCGAUCGUAAAUGCAAAUAACGAUUGUACAUAUUCGUCAACAUGAAUUCGUCAUCAUAAUCUGAGAAUGUAUUCGUAUUUAAUUAAUUACAAUGUCUGCAUUUCUUUCAUACAUUUUGUGAUUUUAAUCUUAUGAAAUUGGUGGCCUUCAAGUGUUAUGACUUAUUUUUGUUUCACUGCCAAGUAUAUUUUAAGUGCAAGUUUUAGUGAGUAUUUUCCCUGCUGCAGAGCUAUUGUUUACAAUCUAUUUUUGGCGAUCAUAAAGACCACGUUCUCUAUCAGUAUAUUGUUGUUUAAAGAGAAAUAUGCUGAAACGUACAACUGGAAAUCAGUGAUUUCUGGAUAAUAUUUUAUGAACUUACGUGUAGAUUUCAUUUGAAAUGUCGUAUGGCGAGUGUCUUCGGUAAUGACAAAUCAUAUUCAGUUUACGGGAUGCGUUGGCUUGUCUAUGAUUAUAUAACAACCAGCCCAAUGUAAUGAUGCAGUCAGACCAACGAAACCGACUCCAAACCGACCGGUGGAAUGUCGUUCGAAGUAACGCAAUAGAUUUGAUCUAUCUGGAGUGAGUUUGGUUGGUGCGACUGCCACGUAUUAAAGGGUUGUGAUCCCACUGUGCCAGAGUUUGGAAAUCCAUGCUGGGUUAUGUUGUGCCCAAAAUUAAUGCAGAAUAAACGCAUCAUUUACCUCACCUCAUACCUCUAGUGAUCAAACAUUAGUUUAAAAAAAAAAAAACUGUCUACCGGUGUUUAUCUAACAACUAAAAUGAAUGUAGCAGUACAACUUUCCACCUCCUUCUCCAUCAAUGAUGGUAUCUUCAAUGUGGUGUUCCGGCAUGGCAAAAUGUUCCGAUAGACAGAUCAAUGAAGCCACCGUAGAGUAAGAAUCGUUUUAAGGAUCAGUAUUAUAUCCCCAGACUACAAGAUCCACAAGGUUCAUUUCGAAAUCCCCCUCAACAGUUUAAAAAAAAAACCUUUGGCAUGAUAUUAAUCUACAUUAGUUGCACUCAAACCAGAUUAUUUUAUAGAAUUUGAACAUGGUAAUCUAAUGUGACUUUGAAAUACAUGUAAUUCUAAUGGUAUCUAGUGAAAUUGUUAUGCAAAUAAACACCCCCUGGACAUACAUUUGAACAAAAAUUAACUCAUUAUUUAUUAUUAAAUGUUUGGGAAAUAUUGUUUGCGUCUUAUUUGGUAUUCCACACUCGGGUUUUUGGUAAAAUUAUUUGGAACUGCACGAACUAGAUUAAUAAUUUUAAGUUCAUAUAAGCACAUAGAGACAUGGACAAAAAAUAGACUGUACGUGAUGGGCAUUAUUUCAUUACUCUUGAUGCCCAAUCGGUUUGAAAAAUCGUUCGAUUGUUGAACAUCUGCUCUUUUGGGGGGAAUGAUCCCUUUCAUUGUUGGAACAGGGAGUAGUUAUUUUUUGUUUCUUUUUUUUUUCAUAUUGAAAAUAGCGGCAUAUGCUUUCCUAAAUAAUCUCAGAGUAAGGUUUUUGGAUACAAUAGUCACUUAGCAUGGAUUAAACAUUUUACGUUCAACUUAGGCCUAUAUCUCAUUUUAAAUGAAUUUGUGUUUAUUGAUCGAUAUUUUGUCGAUAUGAAAAAAGAUGAUUUUACCCAUGGUGUCAAAGGUUAAACAAAUUGUAUAUGAUUGUCACGUCUGAAUAUAUUUAUGAGGAGGACCUUAUCAUAGAUCUUAUGAAAACAUGAUGGUGUUGUGUAUUAGUGAAAAGAUAUAUUUAUUGAGUGCUUGAAUUAGGAAACUUUUAGUCAAAACUCCUUUCCCUAAUUUCACUGUUUCGUCUAUUUUAAGUGAUGAAGCACGUAUGAUAAUCAACUACCUUUACUUUUCCAAGUAUUUAUAAGAUACUUCACGAUGCACUUAAUGAUUACAGGUUGACUCGUGUACGACAUUAAAAGUGUUAGUAGUAUACUGCAGUCCCAUGCACAACAUAUGGUGUUAGUAGUUCAUAGUCGACGUGCUACUAUCUUUUCUAUCCGCAUUAUCUGGAGCCCUGGAUCACAUAUGUGAACGCCUUUUACAAAGAAAGGGUGAACAAUAUUUGACAAAUGUGGCAAGACUUUGAUUUUUACGAUUCGUAUUUUCUAAUGGGAUUCCAUUUUUUUUCUAUAUAAAAUUGGUCUUACAUCACUAUCUAAAGGCCUGUCUGAUUUUGGUUGUUGUUGUUUUUCCUGACGGUGGGUUUUGUGCUAUUUAAAUACAUUUCAGUAAGGAUUGUUUCUAAUGAGUUUAAGUAUGGGCCUAUAUACAAUCACUGUUAGUACAUUGUUUUGUUAUAUUCAUAAUUGAUUUCUACUAAAUUUGCCAAUGUAUGAUCAUUAUUCUUGUGCUUUAUGAAAUGAAUUUAUUGAUUUUUGUAAAUUUUAAAUUUUGUACAAAAAGACGAAUAUUUUUGCGUUGUUUCUCAGUCCUGUGUUUGACGAAAUUGCACUCUUUUCAUGAUCACAGUAUUACAUUUCUAGAACAGAAUUAGGACUUUAAUGAACGCAAAUCAUGACUAAUAAUGUUAAACAUUUUACAGCAAUGUGUGUUAGUGAAAUAAUGAACUUUGACCAAGAUGUGUAUGUCUUUAGUGUAAUAUCUCUAUGAUAUAAAUAUUAGUUUAUAGCUUAUGACUCGUACUAACUAUUAUGUCGACUUUUCUUCACGUCCAAAUCUAUAAUCAUGAUCAAGAUUCGUGUUGGAAUAAUGUUUGGAUAUAGACCCCCUUUAUAUGUUUUUAGAAUCUGGAUCCAUCUCUGAGAACUGUUUUGUAAUCAAUAUGCUUCAAUCGUUUUUGAUGUGCCUCAGAUAUAUUCCGAUAUUUACAAGCACUGUUAUUCUAUCACUCUACACUGUAAAGAUUACGGUGUACAAACAGUACCUGUCGAUGUUCUAUUAAAGAGGACAACACCCUAAGGUGUAAAAAUACACCACUGAGUUUGGACAUACAGUGUUAUGUUUAUUUUUGUAAACAGAAUGUGUUAUAAUAACACCAAUUGUAUUGAACCAACACCAUGAGUUAAGCACUAGUGUAAAGUAUUCGAUGUUGUCCUCUGUACGCAUUCGUGGUUGAGUUUUUGGGGGGACAUUGUUCGAAAGGUAUACCCCCAUAUUGGGCAUGUUGGGUAAAGAUUGAAAAUGCGUUGUUCUGUAAAAUGAUCGGAAGAAUUUACACAAUGUCGUGUUUAAUACCGAUAACACAUAUCAUUAUUAUUAUUUUUGUUAAAUUCCGAUUCAACACAUAUUAUUUGAAAGACAGAAUUAACCCACCCAACUUUCCCUUUUGCCAUGGCUAAGAAACACAAGUUUGUUAUCAUUCGCAAAAUUUGAAUUGACCAAUCAAGAUCAUUUUGGCAUGCGCAUCUUGCUCAGAAGACUGUUCAGUGUCCAAUCAUAGUUUCUCUUUCAAACUUUUCCCUACUCGCAAAUUGUGUGUGGUGGGGCCUUGGUUUAAUGGGGGUAAGCUAAUACUAUUGGGACUGAUAGAGAUGUUUUGGUCAUUCAAAUUAUGUUUUAAUCCUUCUUUAAUUUUAGUCCAUUUACGAGUGAUCUUUGUCAGGUAUUUUACUGGACCGCCCGAUCUGUGGUUUUGGUUUUUUUUCUAAUUAGGACCAGCUAUUUCUGUAGUAUGGUGAUGGGAAAGAGGGAAUGUCAAAAAUGAGCUUUGAUUUUUAGACAUCUGACAUGGUAACGAUGUACCCACGUCAAUGCAUUUAGAUUCAAACUUGGAUGCUUUAGUUCGUCUUUUCAUUUUGGAAAACUGAAUUGUUUCUAUUUGCAGUUUGUAUGGAAUUCAAAUCGUUUAUUACAUAAUCACUUUUUCCUCAAUCUUACAGUGAAAGAAUGGUCUGCUUUCUGCUCAAUUCUAGUUUCGAGAAGCGAAUGCAUUGCGACUUCGCUACAAUGAUAAAGUCGUAAGAAGUACAUGUAGAUUGUAGCGGAGUCUCUAUAUCUGGCAAGAGCUGUGGUCAGAAAAUCAGUCCAACGAACGCAUUGGGAAAGCAAACCGAGACAAUAAUUGAUCUGUUGGCGCAAAGUGUAAAUUUCAGAGACGCCGUAGAGGGAGCUCUACCCGUGCCGACUGUGAGCGGCAUUGACGUGAAUUGAUGUGAUGACUAUUUUGGUUUAUGUGUAUCCUCUUCUCUUGUAAACCUUUGUGUGCUUACCUUUAAUGUUAUUGUUUUAUUAUCUUUAUCACACGUAUUUAUUUUUUCUUUCUCAAUCAUUCUACCAAUUUCAUUAUUCUCAUUUUCAUCGCUUGUUUUCUCCAUUCUUGUUUCUUCCACCUUUUCUCUCUCACUUCCUGUUUUCCUUUUCAUUCUACUUAUUCAUCCCUUUUUUAUGUUUCUCUCUCUCACGAUCUCUACAUCUACCCCCCACCCCCUUCUCUCUAUCUCUCUCUCUCUCUCUCUCUUUAUAUAUUUCCCCCUUUGUUUAUAUCUUGUUUUCUUUCAUUAUCUCUAUCCAAUUCCUUCAUCAUUUCUUCUUCUAUCUCUCUCUUACCCUUGGUCCGUGCCAAUCUUAUCUAAUCUUUCCCGUAUCUGCUCUUAUUCACAAUUCCACAUAGCAUGUAGUAAGUUAAAUUCAUGUUGACUGCAGCUCAACAUAACAUUCUUUAAUCUAAAUAAGGCAUCGGUAUUUGGAUCAGUGUUACUUUGCAAUUUUAUACAUACAUUUUCAUUCUGAAUAAAAGCUGGGACAUCGUUAGUACUGUCACAACAUGCCCAGUGUAUGAGCAAUCAAAUAUUGUGAAAAGGGUUAAAUGGUUAAAUACGCAUUUGGAUCGUUUUGAAGAAGGCUGAAAUAAUCUAAUCGCUUUUCUAUUUUUAAUGUUAUGUGCCAAGAAGUUUUAUUUAGAAGGUUAAGAAAAAAUAUUAAGAUCGAAUGCUCAGCACUUCUUGCUUUUUUACAUCAUUAUUUGAACAAGAAAAAACAAAUUUGAAUAAAAAACAAUCAUUAUCGGAAGUUGUAACUAAAUUGAGAUCGAGACCAAUGAAUUUGAAAAAAAUAAAAAUCACAGACGCAUUUCAAAUAGAGGUUGCUUUACACGUUUACGUCGAAAAUAUUUUUGCCUUGACUCAGUUUGAUGUAUUUUGAUGUAUUUUCAUGUGUUUUCUUUUCCUUCUGAAAAUAAUGUGAAUAUGAAAUAAACUGUGUCAAAAAACAUA